AUGAUCCUCCACAAGGCCGACGACGUGUUGAUGUGCAAGGUAUUCGUAGUGACCUUGCGAGGAGCAGCCCAAGAUUGGUUCCACACCCUGCCAUCCGGGUCGAUCAACAGCUUCAAGGAGUUGGCUUACGUCUUCACCAAAGAGUACACCUCUUACCGGACGAUCAAGAAGAACCUUGACCACCUGUACAACCUGCGCAAGAAGUCUGAAGAAUCCCUUCGAGAUUACAUCAAGAGAUUCAAAGCAGAAAAUGCCAACAUUGUAGGAUGCGACGACCGAAUCGCGUCAUCUGCUUUCAAGAAAGGCCUUCCAGCUGAACACAACUUGUACCGCGAGCUGACUAUCACUCCUAGCCAGACUCUGGCAGAGGUCUAUGCGACCGCGGAACGCUACGCUCUCUGGGAUGACGAUCGAAUUGCCGCAAAAAAGUCUACUAAGCAGGAAGAUCAACCGACUAAGCGGACAGGUCAAAGAAGCGAUGGAUUUAGCAACAAGAACAAGGAUAAGCGCAAGUCACACCCACAAGGAGACGCUAUAGCAGGAGAGAACUACACCAAGUUCACCAUCCCCAUACAUCAAAUCUUAGCCCAAGUGAAAAACAAACCUUGGGUAAGAAGACCGCCACCCUUGAAAGGAGAUCCAAACAAGAGGGAUACUAGCAAAUACUGUGCCAUCCAUGGGACACACGGGCACACUACCAACAACUGCCUCGCUUGGAAAGCACACCUUGAAGAACUCGUGAGAGAAGGUCACUGCACGGAGUUCAUCGCGAAGCAGGCCAUCCAGCGGAUUGAAGAUCGAGACACCGCCAAGGAACCGCCCCAGAAGGUCAUAAGAAUUAACACAAUCCUAGCCGACGCCAAGGAGUCAGGGCAAACAGGUCACUAUGAUCUCCCAAGUCUCGACUGA